UAAUCGCGUGUUUAAAGCAACCGCCCUCUUUUUUUCUGGACUGGACUGAGCUUGAUAUUAGACUCUUGCAUCCAUCAACCAGCUGACGAACAUCUAGGUUUUAUUAGACCUGUCAGUUCUUAUCAUGGGCAGUUUAUAUCUCUCUAGAGGUCGGUGUAUUCUCCGGCAGGUGUUUUUUGGCCUACCCAGCAUGCUGCAGCGGCCGUGCAGCCUCGAUGUGUCAGCGCAGCUCCUGCGGACUCGAGCCUUCAUAGAUGGGCGCUGGGUCUCCGCUGCAUCCACGUUCCCCGUGUUAGACCCAGCCACGGGAGAAGAGAUCGCGAAGGUGUCAGACUGCGGUACAAUGGAAGCUCAAGACGCUGUCAAUGCUGCAUACAAAGCGUUUCACCUGUGGAAGAAUCACACAGCCAAGGAAAGAAGCAUUUUAUUACGAAAAUGGUUUGAUCUGAUUAAUCAGCACAAGGAAGAUCUUGCCAAGUUGAUCACAGCAGAGUGUGGGAAGCCCAUGAAGGAGUCUAUUGGUGAGAUGACAUACUCUGCCUCCUUCCUGGAGUGGUUUUCUGAAGAGGCCAGACGUGUGUAUGGAGAUAUUGUCGCACCUUCAGCCAAGGACCGCAAAAUCCUGUUACUCAAGCAGCCGGUGGGAGUGGCUUCCAUCAUUACACCUUGGAAUUUUCCCAGUGCCAUGAUCACCAGGAAGGUGGGCGCAGCACUGGCGGUGGGCUGCACUGUGGUGGUGAAGCCGGCUGAGGAUACGCCUCUCUCUGCUCUGGCCCUUGCUGAGCUGUCAGUUCAGGCUGGCAUUCCUCCUGGGGUGUUUAAUGUAGUGCCCUGCUCAAGAGAAAAGACCCCUGCUGUGGGGGAGCUGCUCUGCACGGACCCUCUCGUGGCCAAAAUCUCAUUUACCGGCUCCACGGCCACUGGCAAGAUACUACUAAGACAUGCUGCAGGAACGGUCAAAAGGGUCUCCAUGGAGUUAGGAGGACAUGCCCCCUUUAUUGUAUUUGACAGCGCUGAUGUAGAUAAAGCUGUUGCAGGAGCGAUGGUUUCCAAAUUCAGGAACUCAGGCCAGACCUGCGUGUGCUCCAACCGCUUUUUGAUGCAGAGUGGGAUCCAUGAUGCUUUCAUGGAAAAGCUGGUCAAGGCUAUGGAUGCUGAACUGAAGCUUGGCCACGGCUCAGAGCCCGCCACCACACAGGGGCCGCUCAUCAACACCCGCGCCGCAGAGAAGGUGGAGAACCAGAUUGCAGAUGCUGUGGCACAGGGAGCAGUCAUAGUUCGAGGUGGGAAGAGACUGGAGGGCUCCUUCAUGCAGCCCACCCUGCUGUCUAAUGUCAACACUGACAUGCAAUGUAUGCGAGAGGAGACCUUUGGACCCCUUAUUCCUGUUGUUAAGUUCAACAAAGAACAGGAGGCACUUGCCAUUGCCAAUGCUUCUCCUGUUGGUUUAGCAGGUUACUUUUACUCCAGAGACAUCAGUCAGAUCUGGCGGGUGGCUGAGCAGAUGGAAGUGGGCAUGGUUGGGGUCAACGAAGGUCUGAUCUCCACCACAGAAACCUCAUUUGGUGGAAUCAAACAGUCUGGAAUUGGCAGAGAAGGAUCCAAAUACGGCAUUGAUGAGUAUCUAGAAAUAAAGUACAUGUGUUUGGGGGGACUCUCUCUUUAAAGACUGUGGUUACUAGAGAGCAGUAUGUCAUUAUGUAAGCAAUACUAAAAACAUGAAUCCACUGUGAACCAUUCUCUUUUAAUCAUAUGUAACUGAAUAAUGACUAUACAGAGAUAUUUCAUUGCCAGGAUAUUUUAGAUAUUUGUUGCAAAAAUGGGUAUAAAUAGUCCUCUUUGAGAUUCCAUCCAUCAUAACUGAUUGAUGUAACCUUGUUGCUCUGAAAUAAGAUCUUGAACACUAAAAAAAUAUUAUUUUUAUCCAAGCAGGAUAAAUUUACUUUUGUGUUUUUGUGUAAGAUUAGAUGAGAGAAUAUAUCUUGAAUAUCUAAAGUUUAUUCUUCUUACUCAAUUUAAUUUUAGACUGAAAACAAGACAUACUAAUUAAAUUUAUUUUUUUUAUUUUUUUUGCAGUGUAAAUUAAUUUGGCCACACACACAAAAAAAAAAAUUACAAUUAAGUAUGUAUAAAUAUAGGGAUGGAGGUUAAACCGGUGAGAAAUCAAAGCACAAUCUUUCUUUAAAAAAUCAUUUAAAUGUUUAACUUACUAAAUGUUCUAUUUUUGUAAUUCUAGAAAUAGAUUAAGACUGUUAAAAAUGAAACAUUGUCUGUGAUGGGAUGUUUUUGGGUGCCCAUGCUGCUGGAUAGAAACUUCUGAUUUGAGGUAUUAAAGCAUAGAGAUUAAUCAAAUUUGUCAUUGUGGCCAAAUGUUGUAAUUGCCAGUGUGUUUUUUUUUUUUACUGUUCUCUGUUGUAAUGUUUUUUUAAUUGUUGUAAAUAUUAAUUUUCUAUAGAUAUACCUAAUUGUAUUUUGAAGUGUUAUAUGUAUGAAAAUGUUUAUAAGUAUAUUAAUUUUCUUACCGUGGGAGUGAAAUUUUGCAGAUAAGCACAUGAAGGUACAAAGACUAAACAUGCAUCUGAAAGCCUUGGUAAAGAAACAUUUGAACUUCUGCUGUUCGUUUAGUUGUGCCAUUUUCAUCACUAAUUUAAAAUCAAGCCGGAAUAUGCACAUUAACACAGAUUUACACACUGCUGUUAUUCAUGUGAACUCAAUUCUAUAAAUAUUGAACUUUUGGUUAUAAAACAAUCUUAACCUUUGUAAAGGGCCAUACUGUAUGUCUUUAAUUUUUUGCAUCUCCUGCUGCAUUAAAACAAAAAGGAUAUAGGAGAAAUUCAUCUCCUUGUCACAAUAUGCCUGAUACAGAUGGCUUCUAUUGCAAUUCCAGCUAAAGCAGAAAUGUUUAAAAGGUUGUAAAACCAGAAUGCUAUAAAGACAAAGACCAAUGUACAGUAUCAGGGCCAAGACUGAAAUACUGAAAAAUUAUAACAAAAUGAGUGCAUUUCAGUCCGGCACAUUAACAUUCAGAAAGUUCAGUAGAAAUAAAAUGUUUUGCAUAAAGAA